GUGAGUGAGCUGAUUAUUUAUAAAGAUUAUGAUGAUUCUCAUGAUGAAUUAUUAGUUCUGAUAAUCUAAUGAAGAGAAAAUGAAAAUUCCAAUGGAAAUAAAAUAGAAUAAAAUCUUUAUUAUCAUCUUGUUGAUUUGUCUCUUCAGAUUUCAUGAUAAUAAUGAACAAACAGAAUGAAAUUCAUGCGCCAAUGUUUACAGGUAACAAAAGUGAUUACCUGUGUUCAUCAUCAUCAUUUACAGUUGUUAUCCUUUUUUACAGUUCUAAAAAGUUCUAACCUGAAUCCAUCGAAUAUGAAAUCUAAUCUAAUAAAACCCUAUACCUGAGCAAACUCAAUCUCAUGAUCAGUAUUAUUUUCAUCAUCACAGUUAAUCAACAAUAAUAUAAUAACAAUAAUAGUCCUCGAGUAUUGAUAAUAUUGAACUUGGAAGAUCUUGAAACUUUAUAUUGUCAUUUAAUCAACAAUAAGCUUUCGAACUGAUUUUCUCAUUCCAAGUCACUGAAAAGUAUUAAGAUAGAGAGAGAGAGAGAAAACUUUAAAAAGGAAGAUAGAAGAGAAGAAAAGUUUUCGAAAUUCUUUUUUGUUCUUUUCUUCAUCUUCUUUUCCACUUCUUACCUGUAAUUUCACCUGAUUGUCUCAAUUUUCAUCAUCACCAUCACAAUCUACCAAUCGAUUAGUGUUAAUCAUUAACUCGUGUAAGUUGAUUACCAAUUAAAUCAUGUUGAUUAACCAUCGGUCAGUUUACCUUUUACCAUUAAUCUUAAUUUCAACCUUGGAUUCAAUUAUCAGUGAGGAUUUAUCAUCAAUAGGAUCUUCAUUAUCAUCUGAUCAACAGAUGAUUUUUGAUCAUGAAAUUGGAUCUGAUGGUAAACCAUGGAUUGGAUUAAAUCAUUUUUUGGAUUAUCCCAGAUUAACCUUACCUUUAUCAUCAUCAUCAUCAUCAUCACCGUUAUCAUUGCCCUCAUCAACUGGAUCACAAUUAAUUAAUCAUAAUCACAAUAGUAAUAAUAGAUUUACAAAUCAAGGGACUAAUAGCUAUCCAUUGAAUUCAAUUGAAGAUAAUCAAAUGAUUGAUUGGCUAAUCAGUUUACCUGAAAAAAAAUCUUCCUCCCUUGUUAGAGAUCAAGGUAAAAGUGAUUUACCUGUUUAUCAUCAUCAUUAUCACCUUCAACAUCAUCCUGUUUAUCAGUUUCCUCAUCUUCCAGAAUUGUAUUCCUCUCAUUAUGAUAAUGGUUACCGGAAGAAAGCAGCAUUCACCGGAAUGAGGGGUAAAAAGUUGUUAUAUUUUCCCCUUUCAUCUUUAAUCAACUCACCUUAUUCAGGAAUUGAAAGAACAAAUUCUUUUGGAACUUUUUUCCACCCCAAUAACUCACCCAGUGAACAAAUUAUCACCAAAAGAUCUCGACCCUUCCUUGCCAUGAGAGAUAAACGAGCCCUUCGCCGAGGUCGAGCCCGAUUCUAUGCGAGCAGAGGAUGAUGAACAAGAUGAGAAAAUAAUCCAAACCAGAAUUGAACAUUUUUUCGUUCACAUUACAAUUGUAUAAAACUCUGAAAUUCAUAAUCAUGAAAUGAAUCUUUUCAUGGUGAUUGGAAAAUGUAACAAUCGUUUUGAUUACCAUUAGAUAAAUAUCAGUAAUUGAUUGAAAUUAAAACGAUAUCAACAUGUAAUC